UUUAUGGCACCAGUUUACAAUUGUUGACCAAUCAACGUUGUUAUUCCGUGACUUCGUAAUCCUGCGAAAAAUUAAACCAAAAGAGUGACAUUGGCAUAAUCAUUUAUCUUACACCAGUGUGGGUUGCGUCUAAGGCGAAGCUGGGUGGUGUUAAUUAUGGCUGAAACUCAAUACAAACCGCCCGGACUGGAGGCAUGGGACAUUGUGAUAGUUGUGCUGUAUUUUAUUGUCAUACUUGGUGUUGGACUUUUCGCUAUGUUCAAGUCCAACCGUGGAACUGUCAGUGGCUAUUUCUUGGCUGGACGAUUUAUGACCUGGCUUCCAGUUGGUGCAUCACUUUUUGCAAGUAACAUUGGCAGUGAACAUUUUAUUGGAUUAGCAGGAUCAGGAGCAGCUGGCGGAAUUGGAGUUGGAGCAUUUGAGUUCAAUGCAAUAAUUCUUCUACAGUUGCUUGGCUGGGUGUUUCUACCAGUUUAUAUUGCUGGUGGGAUCUGUACCCUUCCAGAAUAUAUUUCCCGUCGCUAUGGAGGAAGAAGACUCAGAAUGUGGCUUUCAGUUUUAUCUCUUCUUCUGUACAUUUUCACAAAGAUAUCUGUUAAUUUAUUUUCUGGAGCCUUGUUUAUCCGUUUGGCUCUUGGUUGGAACUUGUAUUUGGCCAUUUUGUUGAUGCUGGGAAUGACUUGUCUCUGUACUCUCACAGGUGGACUGACAGCAGUGAUCUACACAGACACUCUCUGUACUUUCCUCAUGGUUACUGGAUCAUUGACAGUCAUGGGACUUGGAUUUGCUGAAGUUGGUGGUUAUGAUGGUCUAAAGCAAAAAUAUAUGAUGGCAGUCUCAAAUGAUACUUUGUACUCAAACAGCAGCUGUGGCCGGCCAAGGGAUGAUGCUUUUGUCAUGCUGCGAGAUCCUGUCAACUCCGACAUGCCUUGGGCGGGAUUCAUUUUUGGACAGACAAUUGCUUCAAUUUGGUAUUGGUGUGCAGACCAGGUCAUUGUGCAAAGAGCUCUUGCUGCCAAAAGUUUGUCACAUGCCCAGGGAGCCUGCCUGUUGGCUAGCUACAUUAAGAUUUUGCCUCUCUUCACCCUGGUUAUGCCAGGAAUGAUUAGCAGGGUGUUGUCGCCAGACCGUGUUGCAUGUAGUGUCCCAGAAAAGUGCAUGGAGAUUUGUGGAAGUGAAGUUGGCUGCACCAACAUUGCAUACCCAGAGCUUGUUCUCAAGCUCUUGCCAACAGGUCUCAAAGGAUUGAUGAUGGCAGUAAUGAUGGCUGCUUUGAUGAGUGACUUGACCUCAAUCUUCAACAGCGCCAGUACGCUCUUCACCAUUGAUGUGUACGGCAGGUUUCGAAAAAAGGCCUCAGUUAGGGAGCUCAUGAUUGUGGGAAGGAUCAUGGUCGCAAUAAUGACAGGAAUAGGAAUCUUGUGGAUCCCUGUGGUUCAGAGUGUACAGGGAGGUCAGCUUUUCAUCUACAUCCAAGCUGUCAGUGCAUAUUUUUCCCCGCCAAUAGCAGCCCUGUAUUUGAUUUCCAUCCUCUGGACGAAGGCAACGGAGAAGGGUGCAUUCUGGGGUAUGAUCGUGGGCUUCAUUGUGGGUGCAAUACGAAUGAUCCUGGACUUCACUCACUUAGAGCCUCGUUGUGGUGAAGAGGACACUCGACCAGGCAUCAUAGCCAAGGUUCACUACAUGUACUUUGCACUGAUCCUCUUUUGGAUCACAGUCUUCACUAUUGUGGUGAUCAGUUACUUCACUAAGCCGAGGCCUGAAGGAAAUACUGCUCGGUUGACCUGGUGGACAUUACACGAGAAGCCAUCGGACACAGACGUCAUGGAGGAAGCCAGGGACGAGGAGAUUGAAAAGCAAGAAAUUCCUGAGGAGGAUGACAUAGAAAUGGAAGAGAUAGAGGCAGAUGAAGACAAGGAGAAGGGAGCAACUGAGGAAACGCCGACCGUGACUUUGAGACCAUCGAGGCAUCCACCAGAAUCGAAAAUAAAGCGUUUGUACUCGUGGUUCUGCGGCUACGAGGCUGGAACAGAAGAAGCAAAGAAAGCAGCUCAUGAACAACACGAGCGGCUGGCCAUGAUCACAUCGCUUGAACGAGAUCCAAGAGCGGAAACGUUCCUCAACAUAAAUGUGGUCAUCAUUCUUGCAGUCGGGCUCUACCUCUACAUUUUCUUUUCCAUUUAAAUUUUUUUCAGUAGACAGAGUUGUCAAUAAAUUUCGGUAGCCGGUCAAAAUCACUUGCUAGUUUGCCAAGAGUAUCCGGCACCUUUAACCACAUUUUAUUACAAGCGCGGAAGAAAAAUCGUACAAUUGUUGAAAUGCAAUUAAAAAAAAAUUUGCACAAAAGCCAUUUUUCGGUUUUUUAGUAAAAUUGAACGCAUAAUUUACCAGUAAAAGGUUUAGAUGUGUGAUAAGAUUCCAAGUAGCUUGAUAGUUCGUGCGAAUUUCGUGGACAGCCUGACUAAGAGAGUUCCGCGUCUUGCGUAUGGUUCUACUUUCAAACGUAUUGACACCCUUCGUUGAACAUGUUUUAACUGGUGUGACCAGUUUCUCUUAUCUUGUCGAUCGGCUCGUUUUACGUCCUUUUUCGUUGAACACUAAACGAUCUGAAGGUGCAGUGACAGUGUGUUACCUGGUUUGGUUUUGGUGACA